AGUCAAACACACUGCGGCUCCUCAGCAUGGCGGUCCGCGCGUUGCUGGGACGCAGAUCUCUGGUGCAAGCCUUCCGCGUGCAGGUAACAGACUGGGACAGCGCGUGCAGACUCGGGUCGGUCAACUCCAGCUCGAGACAGUAUGUUCUCUCCGGUAAACUCGCGCCUUCUUUUCACCCGAGCGGCCACAUAGCAACUAGCCGACACUACAGCUCCGAGGCAAAGGAUGACCUGCGUGUCAGAUACCUGGACGGAGAGGACGCCGGUAUUGUUGUCGUGGGGAUAAACCGACCAAAAGCCAAAAAUGCCAUUAGUAGAAAUUUGGUCAAUAUGAUGUCUGAAGCUGUGGAGGAUAUCAAGAAGAACAACAAAGUCCGCAGUGUAAUUGUCUGCAGUUUAGUUCCUGGGAUCUUCUGUGCAGGUGCAGACCUGAAAGAGAGGGCCAAGAUGCACCAGAGUGAAGUGGGACCAUUUGUGUCAAAAGCAAGAGCACUCAUCACAGAACUGGGUAAUCUGCCAAUGCCAACAAUAGCAGCAAUUGAUGGAGCUGCAUUGGGAGGAGGCUUGGAAAUGGCACUGGCUUGUGACAUCAGAAUUGCCUCUAAUAAUGCAAAAAUGGGACUAGUUGAGGCCAAACUUGCAAUUAUUCCUGGAGCAGGAGGCACACAGCGUCUCCCCAGGGUGAUCGGUGUUUCUCGUGCUAAGGAGCUGAUCUUUGCUGCUCGGGCGGUGGAUGGAACAGAAGCGUGUCGCCUGGGUCUGGUUAGUCAUUCUGUGGAGCAGAAUAAGAGCGGAGAUGCUGCCUACCUGCGAGCCCUGGAGCUAGCCCGUGAGAUCAACCCUCAGGGUCCAAUUGCGAUCAGGAUGGCAAAGCUGGCUAUCAACCAGGGCAUAGAGGUGGAUUUAUCUACAGGUUUGGCAAUAGAAGAGGCCUGCUAUGCCCAGGUGAUACCAACUAAAGACCGGCUGGAGGGUCUGGCUGCAUUCAAGGAGAAGAGGCGUCCUCACUUUAAAGGGGAGUGAGUCCUCUCUUCUUCCAGAAAACAUCUGCUUUCAGCUCUCCUCCUGUACCACUGCUUCCAACAUAUUUAGGGGUGAAAGUGUACACAUCCAAACAUGAAGCUGUACACACCCAGGGGACGCCUGUGUGACGGCGGGACAGCACCACACAGGGCUUCAGGUCAAAACUGUAAUGCUAACCAGUGCUGACUACUGCUAACAAUACUAAAACGUUUCUAAUUGACAUUGAUUUUUGCUUUUUGCAGUGUUUGGCAGGUAGUCUCUAACUUUAGCCUCCUUUUUACUAGUGAACCAAUCCAAGAGCCAUCCAAUUACUAUCAAGUUGUGUUAAUGCUGCAUCACAAGGUUUGUUUGUUUCACUUUGUGUCCACAGCACUGAGGAACACCAGUGGCUUUACAUGAUCAGAUUGACUUAAAGCCACUCCAGUUUUUGACUACUUCUGACUUGUGUGUCUCUGUGCUUGUUUCGCCUAUACAUUUACAUUUUUCUACAAACCAAAGCUCAUACCCUCAGAAUGAUUUUAAAAGAAACAACAAUGAUAGAAAAACUGAUCAUUGUGACUUUAAAGAUCACUAAGCAAUUUUCCAACAUAUUGUUACUCUGCCUCAGAAAUAAGCAGUGCACUGUCCUCUAACUGUACUCGCAUAAUGUAGUGACUACUUAAUUAGUUCAAAUUGAUCAUUUGAUUAGUUAAUUGAAUUAAUUGACCACAAGAGAGAUCUGUGAGACAGCAACUUCACUAUUAGAGCUGCUUGGUUUGACCAGACUUGCCUGUAAAACUACAUUAUUUAAAAGAUAUCUGCUCAUUCUUGAGCUUUUUGGGGGGUAAGGGUUACUUACUAGCUGUUUCCAGAGCUUUCAACACCAGUUAAUACUCAGUCUGGAGCGAAAUACAUCUGCUUACAAAGAUCAUGAGAUAUAGUUGAAAGCUUAAGAAAAGGUUAAUACUGUAAAUUUUUAUGCAUCAAACAUAAAGCAUACAUUACGUAACUCUUUUCUGUGUCGCUCCUUAAAUAGUCUAGCUGAUGUGAAUACAAUGGAGAAAUAAUCCCCUGUCUGUUCUCCAGGUCACCAUUCACUUUGUGUCUGUAAAUUGCUUAAUAAUCUUUUAACAUGAGAAAAUGCCAACCCUAAUGGAAUCAUAAACCAGUUUUACCAAAUGCUCUGUGUAUGGAAGCAUGAUUUAGUCCAUUUCUGUUUUAACAAUGUAGCCAUGGAGUGUUGGACAGGAUGGACUGCUGUAUUCACACUAAUGGAAACUGUAAUCAGUCAUGAAGCACUUGAUUUAGUUUCCUCUGAGUUGCCUUUUCUUCUGUCAUACAUGUGUUUUUGUUGAGUUAGGUAUCAAGAGGCCUUAUCAAAGUAGUAUCAAGCCUCAAACUGCUUGUAUAAAGUUGAAUCAGCCACAGUAAAGAUGGUUUUAUUUUAGUGAAGUGAGCCUGUAAACUUCUCAGUGUGAGAUUACCUGUGGGCCAUGAGACCAUAUCACACAUUUGUAAAUAAAACAUCUAUCACAUACAAAAGUUGAAUCCCCACUGUGGUUGUCUUUUU